AAUGAGUGGAAUGAAUUGUCAAUUCCAGUUCGCAUUAUUUACAUUCAUCGUUUUCUCAUUACCGGCGCGCGGUGAGGUCUUCUUUGUGACUCAUUAGUGAACGAACAGACUAGACUUUGUCGUUACUUGGAACAAAACAAAUUCAUAAUCGUUGUUGAGAUUCCAGGAAAAUGGCAGAUCCUCGUUUGAAACAGUUGACGAUAAAGACAGGUGUGCUGAAAAGACUAGCCAAGGAGAAAAUAUCGUACGAAAAGGAGGCGGAACAACAAAAAGUGCGUGUUGAAAAGCUGAAAGCAGAGAAUGGUGACGAGCAUAUGAUCAAGAAACAGGAGGAGGUCUUGCAGGAGUCGCUUAUGAUGCUGCCUGAUUGCCAGAGGAGAUUAACCAAAGCAUUUGCCGACCUGGAUGAAUUGCUCAAAAACGAAGAAGAAUUGAAAGAAACAAAAGAGUAUGAAAACGCAUUAGCUGUGAUUGAGGAGGCAAAGGUCACCAUGGCCGCUUAAUAUCAGAAUUUUAACUUUAACAACAUAA